CAUAACCUUACUGUUUGUUAACUUAAUUCCCAGAGCACAGUUUGAUUUCUGUUGUGUCGUGUUCUGUAUAUAUAUAUAUGUGUUGUUUGUGAAUUGAAAAAUAUAUAUUUUCUAUAAAAUGGCUAUGAAAGCUCAGUUAUUUAAAGAAAUUGUAAUUUUCGUUAGAGAAUACAAAGGUUUGAGUUUUUAUUGUUUGGAAGAAUUAUGUGGACUCUACCCAAGUGUUAAUAAAGAUACUCUCGCUAGUAUCUUAUCCUAUGAGUAUCAAACUCGAUUGAGAUUCGUUCAUUUCAAAAAUCAGCAAGCCCGUAUUAGAUAUUGGGAAGCUUACACUAAAGGCUUGAAAUCAAAAAAUAAAACAGGAAUUAUUAUCAACAUUGCGAAAAAGGAAGGAAUUUCUCCUUGUUUGAUAGCCAAACUCAUAAUGCUCGAGUAUUUGAAAAGGUCUAACAAGGUUGGAACAGAAGAAAAUAUGGUCCAAACUGUUACUAAAUAUUUGAGAAAUACUUCAUUGAUACCAGAUUAUAAAUUAGCAUAUGAAGUAUUCUUGUGUACCGUGUUUGAUAAUUUAUAUAGCCCAGUUGCAGAUGUCAUAAGAAGUUCAACAGGUCAGCAAUAUGAAAUUCAACUGCAUAAUGAAGUGACGAAGUUAGGCUUAGCAUUCCGCGAUGAAGAAUAUUUGAGAAAAUGUGGUUACGAUAAAACACCAGAUAUCAAACUAGAGGUUUCCAUUGCAAUUGAUGGUUUCAUUGUAAAUUGGAUUGAGAGUAAAGCUUUAUUUGGAUCUGAAAAAGUUCAUAAGGAUUAUACUGAAAGUCAGUAUCUCAGCUAUUGGAAUAGGUUUGGCCCAGGCUUGGUGAUUUAUUGGUUUGGUUAUAUUGAAACCAUAAUUGAUCCAAAUAACAAGAAUUUCAUGGUAUGUGAUCAUCUACCCACAGAUAUUAUUCAAAUAAGGAAUGACAAAUGAGAGAGAAAUACAAUUCUUCCUUCGAGAGCAGAUGGUGCUGGGUGGAGGAACAAUAAAAAAUAAAGGAAAAUCCCCCAUAACCUGGUUGAAUGGAGGUGAACAGAUUCUGUAGAAUUGAAAUUCAGAAUUUCUGAGAAAAAGAAGAAAAGAUAUUUGUACAAAUGAAUGUGAACUUGAGUGAAUAUCCUUUAUGUAUACAUUUACAAAAAUAAAUAUCACAAGGAAAACUUUA